UAUCCCUCUGCCCCCGCCCAGUACAGCUUCCAGUGGGACGUCAACGACGGCCCCUCCCGCAACUUCUACGGCCACGGCGAGGAGAGGCAGAAUGACGACACGCAGGGAAGGUACUACGUGCAGCUUCCCGACGGACGCCGUCUGGUGGUCGAGUACUUCGUGGACAGCGCCGGCUUCCACCCCACCGUGUCGUACGAGGGCGAGAUCACGACCGGAGGCCAGGGCCAGUAUGGCCAAGGACAGGGCGGAGGCGGAGGCGGAGGAGCAGGAGGACAGGGAGGGGGCGGUCAGUACGGAGGUCAGGGCGGAGGCUCCGGAGGGUUCGGCCAAGGUCAAGGGUCAGGAUUCUCGGGCUCGGGGGCUGGGUCGAAGCCGUCCCUGGCCUACGGGACGCCCUCCAAGUAAGCGGGCGGAGGGUGGCCGCCCUCAGGGCAUCGGCGGUGGACCCUUCGGAGGAACAUUAGUUAGCAUAGUCUCAGAUCCCUUCAUUUUGUUAGACUUUGUUUUGUUAUUUGUUUUCAUUGCCAUACUGUUAAAUGAUAUGUUGAGUGAAAUGAAUUUCCAGCCAAAGAUUCGAUCCAUCCGCUAAAGCAAUUCUGAAAUAAAACAGAUGAGUGAG